AUGCUGAGAGCGGGAAUAUCAGGGCGAGAGUCUUCAAUAUGCGCAUUCUGCCAACAUCGCCUUUCGUUGCGCUUCACAACGCCACGAACCAGCAAAAAGCAAUUUUCAACUACGAAACCCCUCAAGGACGAUGACGAUUGGGGUUGGGGGAACCAUAGCAAACCCCAAGCUCAACCGAAACAAGAUGAUUUCUUAAAUCAACGUGAGCUUUUAGCGCGCCGACAGCUACUUGCCAAACAGCAACAGAAAUCAACUCCCGAACCUCCGAAGCCUAACCCUGCUGACAGUGGUGUACAAGCUAGACAUGUAUGGGAUGCAGGAAAGCAGCGAGAGAUCGAGACGAGCUUACGGAGAGAGGGUGUGACGUUCCAAAGAGAAGCUCAUAAAGAAUGGCGCGACAGAUCCCCUUUCCAACUGGCUCCGCGGUUAAGGGAUGUCGGCCAGGGAUCAACUUUUAUAAGAAGACCACCAGGAACGCUUGCUCGUGAAACGAGGGAAGCUAAUACGAUCCGACCGAAUGAUUUCAUAAAGGGUGUUUUCCCACAAGGAAUUUCCCAAACCCCGAAUAACAACGAUUUGAAUGGACGAGGUGCUCGAGAAUCGCGCUCUCUGGGAUCGAAUCAAUUUUUUAAAGAACCCCCACGGUCAACCCCAACCAAUUUCGACUCACCCUUUGGUGAUGCGCACCGUAAUAUAGAAUCGAAACCCACCAAUCCGCGAGCCAGUCCAUUUACGCCCCCGGAGAAAGAUCCGGACUGGAGUUCGUUGGCACGAAAACAAACUCCUAAAAGUAGUGACUUCUGGAAUCAUUUUGGUAAUGAAUUUAAAAAUAAUUCCAAGAGUUCCCAAGCGACGAAGACACAAGGAUCAAAUGAUUUAAGAACGGCUUCGUCGCGAUCCGAUAGCAAAAAUACUUGGGAACAGAUGGAGAAGAAGGUUGCAGACCCGAAAAGUUCGGGUUCUAAAGCCUUAUAUGACUGGGGUGAGGAGUUUGACACAUCAGGGAACCAAAUCAAAAAUACCUCGAAAUCUCCCCCAUCCAGGGCAUCUACGACCGACACUCCAUCCAGGGUUCUCGAGGAACAGAGUCAAGCUAGGGACUUCGGGGGUCGGGAUCGAGGUCGUGGACGUGGUGGGCGAACCGAUCGGUUUGAGACUUUUGAACAACGGGAUAGUGGUGCGGCUGAUCGUGGAAAACGCUCGCGACGUGGGGCCAAGUUUGGCUUGCAAGAAGAUGAUGGAGCUGACUUCGAUUACGAACAAUAUCAGGAGAGGCGUCGAGCGAAGGCAGCACGAAAAGCACAACGCGAAUCCGAGAAAGCCGGUCCUACUCCUAUUUCAUUACCCGAAUUGAUAAGUAUUGAAGCGUUGGCCGAAGCACUCAAAGUGAAGCCAAAAACAUUUUUGAAACAACUUGGCGAGUUAGGUUUUGAAAAUGUCUCGUUAGAUAGUCUGAUGGCUGGAGACACGGCUGCGCUUGUCGCUCAGGAAUAUGGGUUCGAACCGACGGUAGAGGUGGACCGUGAUCUUAAACCCCGCCCACCACCUGAGGAUGUGUCGGUUCUUCCACAGAGACCACCGGUUGUGACUAUUAUGGGUCAUGUUGAUCACGGAAAAACGACUCUACUCGAUUAUUUACGAAAUUCAUCUAUCGCCGCUCAGGAACAUGGAGGCAUCACUCAGCGUAUUGGUGCUUUUUCAGUGAAGCUCUCCGGUGGUAAACAGAUUACCUUCCUAGAUACCCCUGGGCACGCUGCCUUCCUUACAAUGCGACAACGGGGUGCUUAUGUGACGGAUAUCGUUGUUUUAGUUGUGGCCGCGGACGACAGUGUUAAACCUCAGACUAUUGAGGCUAUUAAGCACGCACGUGGAGCUAAAGUGCCGAUCAUCGUUGCUAUCAACAAGAUUGAUAAGGAAGGUGCUCGUAUAGAUCAAGUCAAAUCUGAUCUUGCGCGAGAAGGUAUUGAGAUUGAAGAUUUUGGUGGAGAUGUCCAGGUAGUGUGUGUCAGUGGCAAGACGGGCCAGGGUAUGGAUGACUUGGAAGAAAACAUAUUGACACUCUCCGAGAUUUUGGACCACCGAGCUGAAAUCGACGGCCUCGCGGAAGGUUGGGUUCUCGAAAGUAGUUUGAAACCGAUUGGUAAAGCUGCUACUAUCCUUGUUAAACGAGGCACGUUACGGCCUGGCGAUAUAAUCGCAGCGGGUCUGACGUGGGCUAGGAUUCGACAUCUUCGUAAUGAAGCGGGUGUUGAAAUCGAUGAGGCACCUCCUGGUACAGCGGUCGAAAUCCUUGGGUGGAAAGAUCUGCCCGCAGCAGGUGACCAGGUUCUACAAGCUGAAAAUGAGGGUAGAGCGAAGGAUGCGACGGAGUACCGUGAAGGUCUUCGCGACCGAGAAAAAGAUGCUGCUGCUCACGAAGGAAUUUCUGAAGCUCGUAGAGUUCUCCAGGAAAAGCGAGCUCGCGAGAAGAGUGAAGCAGGAGCUGAUGAAGCCCUGCCAGAGGAAGAGAAUGGUACGAGGAUGGUGAAUGUCGUCGUCAAGGGCGAUCUUCACGGCUCGGUUGAAGCAGUCUGUGCCGCGGUCCAGGAGCUUGGUAACCACGAAGUGCAACCACGCAUCUUGCGCUCGGGCACAGGUGCAAUUGGUGAAUUCGACGUGGAACACGCGGCGACGAGUAAUUCUGUCAUUGUCAACUUCGCGACGACAACUCCGGGGUACAUAAAAGCGAUGGCAGAGGAACAAGGUGUGAAGAUAUUAGACCAUAACGUUAUCUACCAUUUAGUAGACGACGUCAAGGCCGUCUUAAGCGAAUAUCUGACGCCUGAGAUUAGCUCCCGCGUGUUGGGUGAAGCAGAGGUACUGCAGGUCUUCCCGAUCAAUCUUAAAGGUCGCGUGUAUAAGAAUGUCGCUGGAUGUAGGGUGCGCAAUGGUGUUGUGGCACGGACGAAUUUAUACCGCAUUUUUAGGGAUGGGAAGAAGAUCUUCGAUGGUAAACUCGAAACACUAAAACAUGUCAAGAAAGACGUAACAGAGAUGCGAAAGGGCACCGAAUGCGGUAUCGGGUUCGAAGAGUUCCAGGACAUCAAAGUCGGCGAUCAGAUACAGGCUUAUGAGGAGGUGAAGACCAAGCGGUUCUUGUAA